AUGUUCGGGGCCGCCGGGCGCCAACCGAUCGGAGCUCCAGCCGCCGGGAACAGCUGGCAUUUCAGUCGAACCAUGGAAGAACUGGUUCAUGACCUUGUCUCAGCCUUGGAGGAGAGCUCAGAGCAAGCUCGAGGUGGAUUUGCUGAAACGGGAGACCAUUCUCGAAGUAUCUCUUGCCCUCUGAAACGCCAGGCCAGGAAGCGGAGGGGGAGAAAACGGAGGUCGUAUAAUGUUCAUCACCCAUGGGAGACCGGUCACUGCUUAAGUGAAGGCUCUGAUUCUAGUUUAGAAGAACCAAGCAAGGAUUAUAGAGAGAACCACAAUAACAAUAAAAAGGAUCACAGUGACUCUGACGACCAAAUGUUAGUGGCAAAGCGCAGGCCGGCAUCCAACUUGAAUAAUAAUGUUCGAGGGAAAAGACCCCUCUGGCAUGAGUCUGAUUUUGCCGUGGACAGCCUUGGGAACAGGACUCUGCGCAGGAGGCGGAAGGUCAAGCGCAUGGCCGUGGACCUCCCGCCGGAGAACCCCAACAAGCGGACAAUGACCCAGCCCCUGGAAGGCUGCAGAGAUCAGGACAUGGACAAUGACAACAGAGCUUACCAAUAUCAAGAGUUUUCCAAGAACAAAGUCAAAAAAAGAAAAUUGAAAAUAGUUAGACAGGGACCAAAAAUCCAAGAUGAAGGAGUAGUUUUAGAAAGUGAGGAAAUAAGCCAGACCAAUAAGGACAAAAUGGAAUAUGAAGAGCAAAAAGUCUCAGAUGAACUCAUGAGUGAAAGUGAUUCCAGCAGUCUCAGCAGCACUGAUGCUGGUUUGUUUACCAAUGAUGAGGGAAGACAAGGUGAUGAUGAGCAGAGCGACUGGUUCUAUGAAAAGGAAUCAGGGGGAGCUUGUGGCAUCACUGGAGUCAUUCCAUGGUGGGAAAAGGAAGAUCCUACUGAUCUAGACAAAAACUUACCCGAUCCCGUCUUUGAAAGUAUCCUAACGGGUUCUUUCCCCCUUAUGUCACAUCCGGGAAGAAGAGGUUUCCAAGCCAGACUGAGUCGCCUUCAUGGAAUGCCUUCCAAGAAUAUUAAAAAAUCGGGAGGGACCCCACCUUCAAUGGUGACAACUCCUGGCCCAGUGAGCAACAAGAGAAUGGUUCACUUUUCUCCAGAUUCUCAUCACCACGACCAUUGGUUUAGCCCUGGGGCUAGGACAGAGCAUGGCCAGCAUCAGCUCCUGAGAGAUAACCGAGCUGAAAGAGGACACAAGAAAAACUGUUCUGUGAAAACAGCCAGCAGGCAAACAAGCAUGCAUUUAGGAUCUCUGUGCACAGGAGAUAUCAAACGGAGAAGAAAAGCCGCACCUUUGCCUGGACCUACAACAGCAGGAUUUGUAGGAGAAAACGCCCAGCCAAUCCUAGAAAACAACAUUGGAAACCGAAUGCUCCAGAAUAUGGGCUGGACACCUGGGACAGGCCUCGGACGAGACGGCAAGGGGAUCGCUGAGCCGAUUCCAGCCCUGCAGAGGCCAAAAGGAUUAGGACUUGGGUUUCCUCUACCAAAAAGCACCCCUGCAACCACUGCCUCCAAUUCAGGAAAAUCCGCCUAA